UUCUCUGUGACGUCUCAGUCUGUAGGAGGGAAACCCAGUGAGCCUAGGCAGAACUGGCAGACUACAGCAAUGCCAUGAUCAAGAAGCCUCUGCAAGAGUCUGUUCUAGGAGGUUUCAUCAAUGGGGCUUUUAAACAGCAGGGUCUUGAGGAGCGGGGAUUCCAGUCUGGUAGAGCCACAGCCAGAAGCCACAGCUGGACCCAGUGGCCAGUCUGGCAGUCGCAAGCGAAAACUGAGCAAUUCGGUCAAUUUGGGACCGAGCCCGGACAUCCAUGGACCUCAAAACCAGGGAUUUAGUUUACAUCAAGUUCUCAACUACAUCUACAGGAAAAGGGUUAAGAUCUCAUCUAAUUAUGCUUAUGAAAAUUUAUUUUUGAACGGGAAUGACAGCGACAUUAAAAUCUGUGCCCUGGGAAGAACAUGGUGUUUACACAAAGUAUUUUUAUGUCACUCGGGCUACUUUGCUAACAUCCUCAAAGGUAUUUGGAAAGAAUCUCGCAAUGGUGUUAUUCGGCUGCUAAUUAGGAACGAGGAUAUUGAUACCAGAUCUCUGCACUUUGUGUUUGGUUCUUUGUACACCGAUGAGAACUUGUCACUAACACCUCUGGAAGUUCCUCGAGUUUUGGCAGCAGCGUGCCUGCUUCGGGUGGAUCGAGUAAUUCGGCAGUGUGAGGAGAUCAUGAAAACGACCAUCAAUAGGAACACCGCAUGCUCCUACUAUCUAGCAGCAGAAACCUAUAGGUUAAAAGCCGUAAAGACAGAAUGUUUUCAGUGGCUUCUCCAUAACUUGAUGGUACAUCCAAGUGUGGCCCUCUACAAGGCAGUGGAUUUGAAGUUGAUGUAUCUCCUUACAUCUUCCUCUCACUUACUAGUGAUGCAAAAGGAGAUCGAUGUAUACACCACACUGAAAACAUGGAUGUUCCUUUAUCUCAAUCCAUGCUGGAAUGGAACCAUGAAAGAGCUUUUAGAUCAUACUAACAACUGGCUUUACACCUACAUGGGAUACAUUGAUAACAUCAGUUUUCUUGAAAGUGAAGAAGGACUAAUAUUUCAACCAGUGUUUAAAAAAUUGAGGUUUCAGCACAUCAUCUGUGACUUGGCCUCCACAAGUGUUCUUGAGCGUGAUCGUCUAAUACCUGCAGAAUGGCUGUCGCCUAUUUAUAAACAUCAGUGGCUGACUUUACUGCGAGCACAAGAAUACGGCACAAUUGGACCACAAACGAUCAAUGAAGAAGAACUUGAACAGAACACUAUGAGGUGCGGCAAAAGGAUCCCCAGAGAUGGUAGAUACACUUGGAAGUGGUCUGCUGGUAGACUUUGCUUUCCUUUACGUGUCACCUUUACCAGCCACGGUGUAAUUUUGAGGCAAAGACAUCAGGAGUGCGAUGGUUCCUCCUGCCAAAACCACAUCCGAAAUGUCGUAUUCAGAAUAACUUUGGUGUGUUUUGAUUCCAACGAAAAAAUAACUUUCAUUAAAACAACAGGUUAUAAAAUCCUUACCUUUGAAUUUAACGAGGAGCAAAUUGUAAUGAAAUUGGAUGCGGAAGUUCUAACCUUUCCUUUGUAUAUAUUCGGCAAUUUCCUGUUCUUAAACCUAGGAAAUGCUGAAAACAAGUAGUAGUUUCAAUUAUUAGUCUGUACUAGUGUUUUGCAAACAUCGAAUGGCUCAUUUAAUCUGAAGGCUGUGUCAUGAAUACAGUGAAGAAGACCAACAAAAAAUUGAAAGUUCUUGCAAGUCUAGUAUCACCAGAAGUGACUGCUUUCUAUCAGCACCUUAUUUCCAUGUGUUUCCAAAGAAAAUUUUCACUUCCAACAAAAUAUUUGUCAAAUCAAAUCAAAUGGAGCUAGUGUUCUGAUUUUCAUUCACCACCAAGAAUCAAGCUUCGAAUGGAAAUAAGAGACUAUAUUUGCAAGGAAAAACAUCUCAAUUAACUUGUUUAGUAGAUUUGACCCUAGCUAAAGUUGAGACAAAAUAAAAUGCACUCCAUUGCUGAAA